AUGGCCGACUCUCUUCACAAUGCGCCUAUAGUCCUCGACAAUGGAUCUGGCACCAUUCGAGCCGGUUUCGCAGGCGACGAUCUACCAAAGUGUUUCUUCCCAUCUUGGGUUGGUCGACCAAAACAUUUGAGAGUUCUCGCGGGUGCCCUCGAGGGUGAGGUGUUUAUAGGACAAAAGGCGGCUUCGGAAUUGCGAGGAUUGCUCAAGAUUCGGUAUCCCCUUGAGCAUGGCAUUGUCACCGAUUGGGACGACAUGGAGAGGAUUUGGGAGUAUGUUUAUGGAGAGGGAUUGAAGACUCUCAGUGAAGAGCAUCCAGUCCUGUUGACGGAACCGCCUCUGAACCCACGAAGCAAUCGCGACACGGCGGCCCAGAUCCUCUUUGAGACGUUCAAUGUCCCCGCACUCCACACAUCUAUCCAAGCUGUGCUAUCACUAUACGCCAGUGGUCGAACAACCGGUAUUGUCCUCGAUUCAGGUGAUGGUGUUUCCCAUGCCGUGCCGGUUUAUGAAGGUUUUGCCAUGCCAAGCAGUAUUCGCCGAAUCGAUGUAGCAGGCCGAGACGUGACGGAGUACCUACAGACGCUGCUACGGAAGAGUGGAUACGUCUUUCACACGAGUGCCGAGAAGGAAGUUGUGAGGUUAAUCAAGGAGAGCGUCUCGUACGUUGCUCAUGACCCGCGAAAGGAAGAGAGGGAUUGGGUUGGCGUGAAGCCCAACGACAGCAAGGUUGCCGAAUACGUUCUCCCAGACGGUUAUAAGCUCAAGAUUGGCGCAGAACGUUUCCGAGCACCUGAGAUUCUCUUUGACCCUGAAAUUAUCGGCCUCGAAUACCCUGGUGUUCACCAAAUUGUCGUCGAUGCUAUCAACCGAACAGAUCUGGACCUGCGAAAAUCGCUUUACAGCAACAUUGUUCUCUCCGGGGGAAGCACGCUGACAAAGGGCUUUGGUGACCGUCUCCUGACGGAACUGCAAAAAUUGGCAGUCAAGGAUAUGAGAAUUAAGAUCUUUGCGCCGCCGGAGAGAAAGUACUCGACCUGGAUCGGAGGCAGCAUUCUUGCUGGAUUGAGUACUUUCCGAAAGAUGUGGGUGAGCAUCGAUGACUGGCAUGAGAAUCCCGACAUUAUUCAUACCAAGUUCACAUAA